GAAAGGCGACGAAACGAGUGUGAGGGAGCAGCCAGUCCGCUCGCUGCCAAUUGUUCGGGUCUGAUGCGUUUGCUCGCUACGGGCAGAGCCCUGCGCGCAAGCAGUGGGAGAUGGGCGGUUGCUUCUGCCUCUGGACGGGGGAGACUCCGCCUCCCCAUCUCGUCGUUCCCAGAGCCUCUGCACAGACAGAGAGUCUGGUCGGGGACACGGAGUGUUGUGAAUAUUGCGGCUGCCAAACAGGCAGCUAAGCCGACAGAGACAUCUCGGCCUCCGGUCACCGUGGAGGGAGAGUCUUACAGGACGGACGAGUGGACAAACACCCCCGAAACGAUCCUCUCGCAUGUCGGCCGACAUCUGUACCUCGAGGACAACCAUCCACUGGCCAUCACUCGGAAGCUGAUCGAAAGCCAGUUCCCUGGUCCGGUGUAUGGGAACUACUCGGAACGCAACCCUGUUGUUUCCACUGCGCAGAAUUUCGACGUGUUGGGCUUUCCGCUGGACCAUCCGGGCCGCAGCCGAACAGAUACAUACUACGUCAACGACAAGACCGUUCUUCGAACGCACACGAGUGCACACCAGCAAGCAUAUUUUCAACAGAUCAAUCGGAAUGCGUCGGUGAAACCCGAGGAGGUUGGAUACACGGUUGUUGCGGAUGUCUACCGUCGCGAUGCCAUUGACCGGAGUCACUACCCCGUCUUCCACCAGAUGGAGGGCGCCCGCCUGUGGAAGCGCCCGGAGACUGAGCCUUUGAAAAAUUCCGCGGUGACUGCUGCCGCGAUUGUGCGGGACGUGGAUGCUCUUCCCACCCAUGAUGUUGUGGUGGAGGACCCCAACCCGACCAUGCACUCGGAGCGCAACCCGCUACAGGCGCAAUACCAUAGCGCCGAGGAGGUUGAGGCCGCCGCCGCGCAUCUGAAGAAAUCCCUGGAGCUCAUGGUGAUCAAGAUCUUCACCGAGGCGAGCAAAGCGGCGGCCGGGCUCGACCCGGCCUUCCAACCGGAGCCCUUGAAGGUCCGCUGGGUGGAGGCGUACUUCCCGUUCACCAGUCCAUCCUGGGAAAUGGAGGUAUUCUGGCAGGGCGACUGGCUGGAGAUCCUAGGCUGCGGGAUCAUCAAGCAGGAGCUGCUCAACAAUUCGGACGUGCCGCACCGCAUGGGCUGGGCGUUUGGGCUGGGGCUGGAACGCAUCGCGAUGCUUCUCUUCAACAUCCCGGACAUCCGCCUCUUCUGGUCGCGCGACGAGCGUUUCCUCUCGCAGUUCCAAGCUGGCAAGAUCACCCGGUUCGAGCCCUUCUCCAAGUACCCGGCCUGCUACAAAGAUGUCGCGUUCUGGCUGCCCUCGGCGUCUGCCGGCAGCAGCGUCAGCGCGGCGGGCGGUGCGGCCUCCGUCCACGAGAAUGAUAUCAUGGAGAUUGUGCGCGGCAUCGGCGGCGACCUCGUCGAGGAUGUCCGCCUUAUCGACGAGUUCACCCAUCCCAAGACCCGCCGGCAGAGCAUGUGCUACCGCAUCAACUACCGCAGUCUCGAACGCACGCUAACCAACGAGGAGACAAACGAUCUUCACGAAAAGGUCCGGGCCAAGUUGGUGGGCCAGCUGGGUGUGGAGUUACGAUAAACCAAGAGGGAAAAAAAAA